CCUGGCGGGGGAUGGCGGCGCACCUGAGCUCGGGCCGGGUGAACCUGACGGCGCUGCGGGAGGCCGGGCGCAGGGAGCUGCGCGAGUUCCUGGACAAGUGCGCGGGCUCCAAGGCAAUAGUGUGGGAUGAGUACCUCACAGGACCCUUUGGAUUAAUUGCACAAUACUCACUUUUAAAGGAACAUGAGGUGGAGAAGAUGUUCACCCUCAAGGCGGGCCGUCUGCCCCCAGCUGAUGUCAAGAAUAUUAUUUUCUUUGUCAGGCCCAGGCUAGAGUUAAUGGAUAUAAUUGCUGAAAAUGUGCUCAGUGAAGACAGAGUUCGCUCUCCGCUGAGGGACUUCCACAUCUUGUUUGUGCCCCGUCGCAGCCUAUUGUGCGAGCAACGGCUGAAGGAUCAGGGCGUUCUGGGAUCCUUCAUUCAUAGAGAACAGUACAGUAUGGACCUCAUUCCGUUUGAUGGAGACUUGCUAUCCAUGGAGUCUGAAAGUGCAUUUAAAGAGUGUUACUUGGAGAAUGACCAGACAAGUCUGUACCAUGCAGCCAAGGGGCUGAUGACCUUACAGGCGCUCUAUGGAACUAUCCCACAGAUCUUCGGGAAGGGGGAUUGUGCACGGCAUGUGGCUAACAUGAUGAUCAGGAUGAAGCGAGAGUUCCCUGGAGGCCAGAACUCAAUAUUUCCCGUCUUUGAUACUCUCUUGUUGCUUGACCGCAAUGUAGACCUGUUGUCGCCUCUAGCUACUCAGCUUACAUACGAAGGCCUUAUUGAUGAAAUAUAUGGAAUUCAAAAUACUUAUGUGAAACUCCCUCCUGAAAAGUUUGCUCCUAAGAAGCAGGGUGAGGGUGGCAAGGAUCUCCCCACGGAACCGAAGAAGCUUCAGCUGAAUUCUGCCGAGGAGCUGUAUGCUGAAAUUCGAGACAAGAACUUCAACGCUGUGGGGUCGGUGCUAAGCAAGAAAGCCAAAAUCAUAUCUGCAGCCUUUGAGGAAAGACACCAUGCUAAAACAGUUGGGGAGAUCAAGCAGUUUGUUUCACAACUGCCACACAUGCAGGCAGCAAGAAGUUCUCUAGCAAACCAUACCUCGAUUGCAGAGCUAAUCAAAGACAUUACUACAUCAGAAGAUUUCUUUGAUAAUUUAACAGUGGAACAAGAGUUCAUGUCAGGAAUAGACACUGACAAGGUCAACAAUUACACUGAAGAUUGCAUUGCUCAAAAACAUCCACUGAUCAAGAUAUUAAGGCUGGUUUGCCUGCAGUCAGUGUGUAAUAGUGGACUCAAGCAGAAGGUGUUGGACCAUUAUAAACGAGAGAUUCUCCAGACUUACGGCUAUGAACAUAUAUUGACCUUAAACAAUCUGGAAAAGGCUGGACUCUUAAAACUUCAGACAAGCAGUAGAAACAACUACCCAACAAUCAGGAAAACCAUGCGGCUGUGGAUGGACGAUGUUAAUGAACAGAAUCCAAAUGAUAUUUCAUACGUGUACAGUGGCUAUGCUCCAUUAAGUGUGCGUCUGGCACAGCUGCUUGCUCGCCCAGGGUGGCGUAGCAUAGAAGAAGUUUUAAAGAUGCUCCCAGGACCCCACUUUGAAGAGAGGCAGCAGUUACCUACUGGCCUUCAAAAAAAGCGUCAACAGGGAGAAAACAGAGUAACUUUGGUGUUCUUUCUGGGAGGCGUGACGUACGCUGAAAUUGCUGCACUGAGGUUUCUUUCUCAGAUGGAAGACGGAGGCACAGAAUAUGUCAUUGCCACCACUAAACUAAUCAAUGGCACAAACUGGAUCAAAUCCCUGAUGGAGAAACUGGAGCCCCCACCUUUUUAGAAGCUAUGUAAAGAUCCAGUCAAAUGCUUAAGGCUGGCAUUGGGCCUUCAGAAAUGACUGCAGCGGGAGAACAUGAAAUCACGUUUGCACCAGUGCAUGCAGUGGCUGCACUCUGCUCUCUGUUCUAUUUCUGUUACAGACAGAACUUCCCUAAUAAUCGCGUGACUCUGACAGAGAGAGGAAUAUGAGGAAAUAAAAACCAGUCGUAGAGCUGUUGCUGUCUGAACUAGAAAAUCAAAGAACUUAAAGGGGAAUCUUGUUGUUAUGCUGUCGGAUCUGUCCUACUGACAGUUUUUCUAGUGUCUUUUAAAUCACCAAAGCCUCAACCAACGGAGACUAUCCCAUAAUCUAAUUUAUCUCUGUGCCAGGAAGUCUUUCCUGCUGCAUUUAGUUCUCCCUUUCUUAAUGUCAUGCUACUAUUCCUACUCUCACCCCUUUCCUCUAGCUUUGGUGAGCAGGUAUGGGUGUAAGUCACCCUCACAGCUGCUGUCAAUAUUUGUUACUUUCCUCUCUUCAGUAUCUGCUCAAGGGGAGUGGCCCAGCAAUAAAUGUAGUUCAGCUGUGCUUGGUUGUAUGAGGAGUUGGGGGGAGAUAGACACUAUCUGUUGUGACUAUUCCCAUUGCAAAUUCAUUUGCUGUCUAUCCACCUUGAUCACAGGGGUUCUCAAAGCAGGGGUCAGGACCCCUCAGGGGGUUGUGAGGUUAUUACAUG